GCGGCGGCGGCGGCGGCGGCGGCAGUGGCGGUCCCACUGGCAGGCGGGCAAGAGGGGAGUCCGGGCGGCGUCCGGCGUGGGAGCCGGGGGACCACCAUGGUAAAGAAGCGGAAAGGCCGCGUCGUGAUCGACUCGGACACGGAGGACAGCGGCAGCGAUGAGAACCUGGAUCAGGAGCUCUUGUCCCUGGCAAAGCGGAAGCGCAGUGAUUCCGAGGAGAAAGAGCCACCUGUGAGUCAGCCUACAGCCUCCUCAGACUCUGAGACGUCCAACAGUGAUGACGAGUGGACAUUUGGGAGCAAUAAAAAUAAGAAGAAAGGAAAGGCCAGAAAAAUAGAGAAGAAAGGAACAAUGAAGAAACAAGCCAACAAAACGGCUUCCUCGGGCAGUUCUGAUAAAGACAGUUCCGCUGAGAGCUCAGCACCUGAGGAAGGUGAAGUGUCAGAUUCUGACAGCAACAGCUCCUCCUCCAGUUCAGAUUCAGACUCUUCCUCAGAAGAUGAAGAGUUCCACGAUGGCUAUGGAGAAGACCUUAUGGGCGAUGAGGAAGACAGAGCCCGCCUGGAGCAGAUGACAGAGAAGGAGCGGGAGCAAGAACUGUUCAACCGCAUUGAGAAGAGGGAAGUGUUGAAAAAAAGAUUUGAAAUCAGGAAAAAACUAAAAACAGCCAAAAAGAAAGAAAAGAAAGAAAAAAAGAAAAAGCAAGAAGAAGAGCAGGAAAAGAAAAAGCUGACCCAGAUUCAAGAAUCUCAGGUAACAUCCCACAACAAGGAACGGCGUUCCAAACGGGAUGAGAAACUAGAUAAGAAAUCUCAAGCCAUGGAGGAGCUAAAAGCAGAGCGAGAAAAACGAAAGAACAGAACAGCCGAGCUCCUCGCUAAAAAACAGCCAUUAAAAACCAGUGAGGUGUACUCUGAUGAUGAGGAAGAAGAAGAGGAUGACAAGUCCAGUGAAAAGUCAGACCGCUCAUCGAGAACAUCAUCAUCUGAUGAAGAAGAGGAGAAAGAAGAGAUCCCUCCCAAAUCACAACCCGUCUCCUUACCUGAGGAAUUGAAUCGGGUCCGACUAUCCCGGCAUAAGCUGGAACGUUGGUGUCACAUGCCCUUCUUUGCUAGAACAGUCACAGGAUGUUUUGUACGGAUCGGCAUUGGAAACCACAACAGCAAACCAGUUUACCGGGUGGCCGAGAUCACGGGUGUUGUGGAAACCGCCAAGGUCUACCAGCUUGGUGGCACCAGGACAAACAAAGGGCUACAGCUACGGCAUGGCAGUGACCAACGAGUGUUCCGCCUAGAGUUUGUCUCAAACCAAGAGUUCACUGAAAGUGAAUUCAUGAAGUGGAAAGAGGCGAUGUUCUCUGCUGGCAUGCAGUUGCCCACUCUAGAUGAAAUCAAUAAGAAGGAGUUGUCUAUUAAAGAAGCUCUUAAUUAUAAAUUCAAUGAUCAGGACAUCGAAGAGAUUGUAAAAGAGAAAGAAAGGUUCAGGAAAGCUCCACCCAACUAUGCUAUGAAGAAGACUCAGCUGCUAAAGGAAAAGGCCAUGGCUGAGGACCUGGGGGAUCAGGACAAGGCCAAACAAAUCCAAGACCAGCUGAAUGAGCUAGAGGAGCGAGCAGAGGCCCUGGACCGCCAGCGGACCAAGAACAUAUCUGCCAUCAGUUAUAUCAACCAGCGGAACCGGGAGUGGAACAUUGUAGAGUCUGAGAAGGCCCUUGUGGCUGAAAGUCACAACAUGAAAAACCAACAGAUGGAUCCCUUUACCAGGCGGCAGUGCAAACCUACCAUUGUUUCUAAUUCCAGAGACCCGGCUGUUCAAGCUGCCAUAUUGGCCCAGCUGAAUGCAAAAUACGGUUCUGGAGUAUUACCAGAUGCUCCAAAGGAAAUGAGCAAGGGUCAGGGAAAGGAUAAAGAUUUGAAUUCUAAGUCAGCCAGUGACCUCUCAGAAGAUUUGUUCAAAGUACAUGAUUUCGAUGUGAAGAUUGAUUUACAAGUUCCCAGCUCAGAGUCAAAGGCUUUGGCCAUCACCUCCAAGGCUCCACCAGCCAAAGAUGGGGCUCCACGGAGAUCUCUAAACUUGGAAGACUACAAAAAACGGCGAGGGCUUAUUUGAGCACACCCAGCCUGCUGCUUCUGACCCUGCAUGCCCCAUCACAGUGCCCCACGUUUCCUCUUUGCCUUUGAUUUGCCCUCUUUGGGCUGGAGCAGCAGUAGAACUGGGAAGAGACUCUAAACUGCCAGUCAUCUGUAAUAUAAACCAUUUGCUGUAUAGACCUUCCUUGUCUGCACCAUCUCCCACCAACCCCCCUAGGCCUCUCACCCAGUGUGGGCCUGGGCUCUGUUGGGCUUUAUCCAUGUCUUUAUAGUUUUGUGUUUGCCUUUUGUUUUUUUUUUUAAACUAGCACAGUUCAUCGGCCACUCUGCACACAUUCAGUAUUAGCGUGGAGCUGGGAUUCUUGCUGUCGCCCCUGGUGGCGCCAGCAGCAGCACUGGGUGGCCGCCUCCGCGGGCUGCCUUGGACCCAACCAUUGAACAUUUGGCACCGGACACUUGUGGAGGGAGUGGGGACUGGGCACCUGCGGCCCUCCUCCCUCUCCUCAUCUUUCUCUUCUUCCCAUCUCUGCAGAAGAGAGGUUCUCAAAUCCAAUUUAGUUUCCAAAAAGUGUACAUUGGGGGGGGGCUGUUUGAAAGAGAGUGUGUGUGUGUAUGUGUGUGUACGUGCGUGUCUGUAAGUGCGUGGAUUUUUUUAUCAUUUUUUUAAAAUGCAGUACUCUUUGUAUCAGUCUGUCAUGGGUCUAUAGCUGUUUCAGAUUUUUUCAGCUGUACAUGAGCAUCUGAAACUGCAAGAAAGAAACUCAUUAAAUGUGAUUCUUCUUACUAAACAGGGCUGACUGCUGUAGCUGUGUAACAUCCCCUCCCCCACAUCCUCUCUCCGCCCCCCCAACUCCUCCCCUCAGAGAAAACACCCCAGUUUUGCCCCGGCCCUGUAGACUGUGUCCUGGCAGGUGGGAGGGAAGCCCACACCAGGGAGCAGAGAAGGCAGUGCGGGCGUCUUGCUCAACCCAUGGGUACAGCCCACAGCGUCUCGGCUGAACAUAGAGUGUCUUUUUCCCACCCCAUGUUCGUGUCUCUUCCUAGCGGUUCUGUUUUGCUGUUUCAGAAAGAAUAAUGUUUUGUUUUUAAGAGAAAGUAUUCAUCGUGAAUGUGGAGAGAACGAACACAAAAAGGUUUAGGUUGCAAAUGUUACAAGCAUGUGCAGUUUUGUGUGUGUGUAUACAUAUAUAUAUGGUAAGCAUAUAUAUUGUUGUGCAGCUAAGGUGAGGCCAGCAAAGAAGUGUGUAUGUCUUUAUGAAAUGUUUGAAAAGAGAUAAGCUGACUGCUUGAUAAUCAUUCUCAGGUGUAAAGCUCCAAGUGUAAAUAAAAGUGGCAUUUAACAAAUCUUUUCAGAACAAAGUACAGCUGACUAUAUAUACCAAGAACUAAGCUAAAGAAACAGCUGAGAGCUGCUGAAUCCCACAAGAGGGAGAGGAAUUUAGAAGAUCUGCUUUGUACUUCUUCACCCUACUUUUCUGUAAGGAAGUGGGAUGAUGGGAAAUCAUGGACUUAAGUUGUAUUUAAACAUACAAAACGAACUUGGUGACUCUUCUGGAUUUAGUAGAGCCUCGGUGUCGCUUUAACUUAGUUUACACUUUUUUUAUUUAAAAAAAACAGCAAUGGAUGGUUUUUUUAAAAGUAUUGUGACUGUAAAAUUGGUAAACUGUGACUGUAACAUAGCUCUGUGGUAGCUGUGAUGCAGUUCGGUUGGGCAAAAGUGGGCAAUGGACUCAUUAAAAUCAUAUAUACUUGAAUAGUCCAUUGACCAAAACCCUUUAUAGACUGUUGUGUAAAUGUGGAAUCACAGACUGCUAAACAUUGCCCAGACUCCGGCAGAGCCCUGGAAGCUGCUGGGACCUCUCCUAUCAUGACAAACCUGGAUUGUUUUUCUUUCUGGUUUUAAAAGACAUGAAAUUAUAGAAUCCAUAUAAUUUGCUGGAGUCAUUCUGAUCCACCAUGUAGAUCUGUAUUUAGUAUCAUUUGGAUUUGGAGAAGUGUCGAUUACAUUAUGGCUGUGUAAUAAAAUUUUUAUUAAAACCGCAUCACACUGUAGCCACUUUGCCACUACCUCCCCACACGCAGCUGCUGAAACUUUCAUUCUGAGACACCAAAACACAGCAAGGAGAAAAGCCAACCAACUUAAUACCUGAGUCAUCUCCUUGGUGAUUGGAAUCAGGUCUGAGAACUUGUCUCCCAUCUCCACUGAGGCAGGACCUCCAAACUGGGAUCUUGAGCAGGCAGAAGACAUUGGCUUUAUUACACCCCCUCCCCACCCCUCACCCUCCCAGCUGGGCUUCUUGGCCGUUCACGAGAAGUAUUUCUUACACUGGGGAGUUGCUGCCGCGGCUCCCUGCGCCACACCUCCCCCACUCCAUGUGGUUUCAGUGUUGAAGGGUGCGGCACCGAAGGCUGUUUUAUACAUUUUUCACUUCCUUCCAAGAAGCAAAAAAGGCCAAUGUCCAUAUGCCUAGCUCAUGAUGUAUAGGUCUGUUUGUCUGUCUUGCUUCUGACAGGUGGAGGGAAAGUCUACUGCCUGCAACUUCCCUUCAAGAAUGCUUUUGUUUUCUUUGUUUCUGUGAAGUUCUGAGCUGUCACUCAAACUGUACAGAUAUUUGUAAAUAAACUUUCCACCCUGUUUUAACAAGGGAAUCAGAA